AUGCCUAAAGGUGCCAGUACAACUCGCGGACGCGUCUCCAAGGCUUCUGCACAAUCUCAAUCAUUGAAUGCGGCAAAUAUCGUGGCCUUGAAACGAGAGAUCAACACAUCUGCGCGUCAACCGUUGCAGGAGGUGAACAAUCCCCCGACUCGCUCGGCUCGCAAAGCUACGUGCAACGCACUUGACGGGUUUCAAGAAAAUGCUUUGAUUCGCUGGAUUCGAGAAGUGAAGGAGCUAUAUUGGCUUCCAACGGAUUCGCAAAUCUCCAGAAGCGCGAGCCAGAUUCAUAAACGCGAUUGCAACAAUACCGUUCUCAAGCAGACUUGGACGUCUCAAUUCAUCAAACGCCUACCAGAUGACUUGAAGCCGUCAAAACCGCGCCUAGCCAAGAAAAAAUGCCUUGGGCCAUCUGAUCUGGAGACUAUCCAGCAUUGGUUCGAUCGUUUGAAGCCUUUGAUUGCCGACGUUCCUCCGGAAAAUAUUUACAAUUUUGAUGAGACCAACUUCCAGAUUGGCCUGACAACGAGACCACGACUGUAUUUUACUGUGCGCUCUGAUUUCGUUCCCCCCAGAGAGUGGUGUGAGUGGAUAACCUCGAUCGACUGCAUUGCUGCCGACGGAUGGGCAGCAGGCUCAUACCUUGUCAUUCAAGAAUCCUCGAUCGACCCGCCCCUCGAUUACCAGGAUGUGAUCGAUGAUAUUCCUGAUUGGACGCAGCUCCAUGAGACCCCGAAUGGUCGACUUACUGAGGAGCUUGCAUUGGACUGGCUUAAGGUUUUCCACGAAAGGACCAAGGAUCGCGUCGCAGAAGGUCAAUCACGCCUGCUCCUCUUCAGAGGGCAACCGCUUUUCUUGACUUUUAAUUUCCUUCGAUUCUGCGAGGACCGUUGCAUUAUUCCGUUCUGCUUUCCGCUCAAUAUCGCGCAUCUUAUGCAGCCUUUCGAUCUGAAACAUUUUCCGGUUUACAAGAAGUAUAGCGCGGAGUAUUGGUGGCAUCCCGAAGAUCCCGAUGAGGAGAAAAUGGACUGGCUCUGUGGUUUUGGUUCUAUGCGAGAAGAAAACUUGACGCCCGAUAUCAUUAAGCGUGCAUUUGCCGAUCGGGGCAUCUUUCCAUUCAAUCCAUCUAAAUUGACUGGACCGCUACAGGAAGACAAGAUCAAGAGGCCUCAGGUUGAGGAGGACAGCAAAUGA